AAAGGUUCGUGACGAGUUUCCGCUGAAUGCUGCUAGCUUUGCCUGCGGAUCUUCUCUUCAGUUUAACGGAUCCAGGUUGGAUCAAAGUUCCGAGAUUCUCCCGUAGACGGAGUCCAGAACCACGGGCCUGCGCACUCGCACCAGAACCGGACUAGAACUUCUUAAACAGAUCAGAAUCGGCCCGUGUUCCGGUCCCAAAACCCGGGGAGGCUGAGGUCGCCUCGCCGCCGACGCUAGCGUCUCUUUAACCGUCCAGCCGUUAGUUCCGUUAGUGAAAACAUGGAGGUGAAGAACAUCAGCCUGUUCGAGCUGCUCAACCUGUCCAUCGGCUCCGCUCACAAAAGUUCGGUAAACUUCAGCGCGCUGCACGCGCUGCUGCUGGAGAUGCUGAAGCUGCUGGACCUGCGGGAAGCGACGACCUGCUUCAAGUUCAGCCCGCCCGGGGACCGAGUGCUCGACGCCCCGCUGGAUGCUCCGGUCAAGGUUCUGACCUAUCCCUCCGUGUCGGACCAGCUGGUUCCGCCUGGUUCCGACCUACUGAAACUGACAGAUUCGGUCUCUGUUCUGGACGGAACCGGAGGGGACGAAUUCCGAACCUCCGGGGACGGAGUGUCACAGGCCUUGAAUCUCAUCGAGGAACUGCAGAAGAACAGAGACGAUAUAAAACAGAAGACGGAGAACCUGCAGUUCAAGGCCUCGAACAUCAUUGAAGACCUGCAGAGGAACAGUGCAAAUCUGAGGGAGAAGGCAGAGGAGCUGCAGCACAAGGCCUUGAAGGUCAUCGAGCAGCUGCAGGACAGCAAAGAUCUGAAGGAGGAGACCGAUGGCAUGCAGCACGAGGGUGCAGCGGAGCAGAUGGAGAUACAGGCAGGCCUGGAGGAGUGCUGCCAACGUCUGGACGCCCUGGACAAGGCAGUGGAAUCCAUACAGGAACUCUUCGAGAUGUAUCCGGAGCCAGAGGAGCUCAUCCAGUGUGUGACCUGGGUCCAGUUGGUUCAGAGGGACAUGGAUAAAGAUUAUGGCCUGGUGACUUCAGAGGAUCUCGACCAGCCCUGGUUGGAAGAACAGACUGAACCUGACCCCUCAGCGCCAUCCUCGGGUGUCCCGGUGCCAUCACCUGGUGUACCGGUGCUAUACUCCAGUGCCAAUGAACCGUCCUCCACUGACCCUGCGCUGUCCUCUGGUGUCUCUGCGCCAGCCUCUGGUGUACCAGUUCCAUCCCCAGGUGCCUCUGCACCAUCCUCCCAUCCCUCAGCACCGUCUUCCGGUGCCACUGCGGCGUCCUCUGGUGCCACUGCGGCGUCCUCUGGUGCCCCUGCGGCGUCCUCUGGUGCCACUGCGGCGUCCUCUGGUGCCCCUGCUGCGUCCUCUGGUGCCACUGCGGCGUCCUCUGGUGCCCCUGCGGCGUCCUCUGGUGCCACUGCGGCGUCCUCUGGUGCCCCUGCGGCGUCCUCUGGUGCCACUGCGGCGUCCUCUGGUGCCACUGCGGCGUCCUCUGGUGCCACUGCGGCGUCCUCUGGUGCCACUGCACCGUCCUCUGGUGCCACUGCGGCGUCCUCUGGUGCCCCUGCGGCGUCCUCUGGUGCCACUGCGGCGUCCUCUGGUGCCCCUGUUCCAUCCUCAGAUGCCUCUGCGCCAUCCUCCAGUACAACUGUGCCGUUACACAGUGCAUCUGCACUGCCUUCUGGUUCCACUUCACCGUCCUCUGGUGUCUCAGUGUCGUUGCCUGGUGGUCCGCUCCACCCAGAGAGCUCCCCCCCGUCUGCUGCUCCAUCUUUUCCAAGCAUAUCUGCAGAGGAUCGGUCCUUGGAAGCAGCAGCAGACUCCACUCAAGCCUCCUCUGAUGGGUCAGAAGGCGGGACAAUCGCUGGGGACCAGGGCAGGGCCACAGAACCACAACCUGUGACCUCAUCUGUGCUUCCAGGGUCCACCACAGAGACUGUACCACAACCUGGAGCACAACCUGGAGCACAACCUGCAGCACAACCUGCAGCACAACCUGCAGCACAACCUGCAGCACAACCUGGAGCACAACCUGCAGCACAACCUGCAGCACAACCUGCAGCACAACCUGGAGCACAUCCUGCAGCACAUCCUGGAGCACAUCCUGGAGCACAUCCUGGAAGGAUUCGUGGAGAUUCAAAGAGACUCUCAGACUCUCCUGAGAAUCGGACCCACAGCAUGCAGAUGGAGGAGUUUUUGAAGAACAUCAGGAAGUUACAGGAGAGGGUCACCCAGCUAGAGGCCCAGACAAGGAUUCUGGAGGAAAAGAAGGUGGACUGGACCGGGUUGGCCCAGUUUAUCAGCUCCAUAGGUUCUCUUGAAGUCCCUGGCAGCACGAUGGAGCAGGUGCAGCAGGACCAACCUCUGAUGGAGAACCUGAAGACCGAACGCGAGAAGCUGGAGCAUCUGGAGGACAUGUUGGGCGUCCUCAGGAGCCAGGAGACGGGCGGCAGCGCAGCAGAUCAUCUUGAUUCAGGGAUUAAAGAUCUCACUCAGCAGGUGUCUGACCUCAGGUCUUUCCUGGUCCACGUGGAGCAGGAGGUGGAGCUCCUGAAGGAGAAGCAGGCUCAGAGUGAGGAGAGAGCUGCGGACCAUCUACAGGACCAGCUGAACAACCUGCAGGGGACGUUGGAGGACACCAUGGUGUCUCUGACCAACAGCCUCCAGCAGGAGGUGGAUCAGGAGACGGAGAAGAUGGAGAAGCCGGAGGAGGAGGAGGAGGAAGAGGAGGAGGCAUUGAGCGACUCGGUGGAGGUGGGCCGGAAGCUCAGCCUGCUGUUCCAGAACUAUGAGCAGCUGGAAGACACGGUCAACCUGCUGGUCCAGCAGCAGCAGCAGGGCGCAGCUAGGGACGGCCUGGACGAGGACCGACACAUGGGCAGGAGCCUGGACCUGGUGUACGACGUCCAGAGGGCCAUCCAGGAACUGCAGGCCGAGUGCGAACGCCUGCAGGAGGCAACCAGGAGUCUGCAUGAGGACAACCAGCAGAAGCAGGGACACAUCGAGGAGCUUUACAAGACGGCAGAGGAGCUGCAAGUGAAAAAGGCCGACAAGCUGAUGGUGGAGAGCGAGAUUAAAGCGGACAAGCUGGCCCUGGACAGCAAAGUGAGCCGUCUUCAGUUCGACGCGGCGACGGAGCAGCUGGCCUCCAUGUUCCAUGAACUGCUCAACAAGAUGACGGGUCAGGAGCACGACUGGCACCAGCUGGUGGACAAGCUGUCCACCGACAUGGAGUGCAAGCUGAACCGGAUGGAGUUGGACUCAGUGAAGCUGCAGCUGGAGGAGCGCUGGCGCAGCAUCCUGAAGAAGCUGCAGGCGCAGAGCGCGCCACUGGAGGAUGACGCCGCCGGCAUCAGGAAGAAGCUGCUGGAGCGGUUCCACUGCCUGUCCUGUGACCGCGUCAUCAUGAAGCAGACCCCCGGCCCCAUCGUGCUGACCCUGCCGACUUUCCCUCCUUUCCCCCCGCCGAAGUCCGCCCGGCCCUGGACCAUGGAGCAGAUCCGCCAGCACUACCACAGCCUGACGCCCGGGGCCAGCCAACGCCGGGUUCAGCUGCAGAAGAACCAUGCCGACAUGCUGCAGCAGCUAGACAGCAUCGAGCGCCACCGCCGCCUCCGCCAGCGCCCCAACCGUGUCGCUGAGGCGCCAGCCCGGCGAGUCCGGCCAGUCGGAGCGCAGCACGCCAGCAUGUCUGCGGGUCAGCGCCGCAGCGGCCCGCAGCACCACCGUCUACCGACCCGGGCCGAGGACGAGGACCUGAUGCAGGAAGCCGACAUCAUCGGACGAGACGGACGGAUCUACAAAGGACGCUUCAACGUCGACCAGCUGAAGAGCCCAGAAACCAAGCUGCCCAACAUCAACUCCAGAGACGGUAAACUGAAGGACAGGACCAAGAACACCCCCAAAGCCGCGUCUCCCGAGGCAGAGCCUAGCCCUCUGGCCACGCCCCCGUCUCUCAGCAGCAAAAGCCUGAAUCCCAGCCGACCAGCCUCCAGCGGUUCUGGUCCGGACUGGGCCGUGUCGCCUCUGGGCUCCGUCAGUACGCCGUCAGCAGCAGAGAGCGAGCCGCUUGGCCUGUAGGGGGCGGCGCUGAGCCGAAGUGCUACUGCUAUUAUUUUCAUAUCAGUUCAGGAAUAAAGCUCACUGAACACUUCU